CAGUAAUAUUAUUAUUAAGAGUGUUCAGGAAAAUAUGCAAGUUAUUUUAAUUUACUUUUCUUCCUGUUCGAAAUCUGUGAUCGAUUUCUAUUGCAUUGCCAACUGAACAUGUCCAGAUCAACAUAAAACAUAGCAAAACGCUGUCAAUAAACCACAUAAGCUUUGGUCUGCUUAACAUGGCUUCCUAGAUUAGAAAUAACCCAACACAUGAUGUUCGCGUUCCUCUCUCGACCACCGUUCACCGCCGACGCUAUUCACGGAGGAACGGGCGUCAUGCCGGUUCGGAGCGACCCGAGGGCGAGCAAACGACGACGGAGCUUUCCUCCGCGGGUGAACUAUUCCUUUAAAAGCCCGAAGCGCAGCUUUUCCAUCCGUCCGCGGCGGGGCCGAGCCAGCUGCCAAUCAAAGUGACGUCAGCGUGGUUCCAGUCGCGCUGAACGAGGCGCGGCGCCGGUGCGCGCUCCGAGACCCCCGUUAACUGGGCGCGCACGCGAGUGUCACCACGAUCAGCCUUGCGCGGGGUGGAUCUUAAAUCAUAACUGCAAGAUGAAGACGUGAACACGCGGCACAUCCUCCCGAGCGCAGCAUCAUCGACUUCCCUCGCGAUCCUGAACGCUCCGCGCCGCACGAUACUACACCACGGCGCGGCCAGACUGCCUGCAGCUGCCAGGCGGCCGGGCGGAGGCUGGAAGGGGCAACACGUCUAUUUUCUGCUGAUAAUAAUAAGCAACAAAAUGAAGCGGAGGAAGAUGGUGGUGGCGGCGGGCUUCUGCCUCUCGUUCCUCAUGGGCACGCUGAUGAAUUUAUUGUUUAUCCCGGGAUUCGAGCCCCUCGGCGAGCGCGUCCACCGCCACGAGAACCGGCUGCGGCAGCCCGACGCGGACGCUCCCGCCCGGCUUCGCGUCGACGAGCCGCCUCCCGUCGAAACGGCCACCGUCGGGCGACUCCCGGAGCUCCAGCGGCAGAUACGCGAGCGGCUGGACGAGGUUCUGCGGUACCGGCAGAGGCGGGCGCACUGGGUCGGCACCGGACCGCUGGAGCGCAGGCGGCUCAUGGAUCUGGAUCAGCGCGGCGAGGUGGAAACGUACAAAGGGAACGGGAAAAACAAUCAUUACGACCGGUCGCGACCGACGGUAUCCAUAGCAACAAAAGCGCACCGGGAGUUUACGCGCGAGUCGGUGCUCGGCUGUAGCAGUAUCGAUAACGUUACCAGUGUCCAGUAUCUGGGCUCGGGAUACACGAAGGCGGUGUACAAGGCGGCUCUGAACAGCAGCUUGUCCGUCGCGUUGAAAUCGGUGGAUUUUGGGGGUCACGACAUGGAGAACUGCGUGAAGAAAUACGGCUCGUCUACGGACUGCUACAAACUCGCGUCCUUCAAGAUUAUCAAGGAAAUGACGCUGAUGGAAAGACUGCAGCACCCCAAUAUUCUCAAGCUCUACGGCUACUGCUACCAGGAUAACAACGAUAUAAAGGACACGGUGACGGCCAUCACGGAGCUCGGCAGCCCUCUGGAGAUGAUCCAGCUGCUGCAGACGCCCUGGGAGGAGAGAUUCAGGAUCUGUCUGAGUCUGAUGAGGCUGCUGCAUUAUUUGGCUCAUUCCCCGCUCGGGUCCGUCACCCUGCUGGAUUUCAGACCACGGCAGUUCGUCCUGGUCGGAGGAGCUCUGAAAGUGACCGACCUGGACGAUGCCAGCGUUGAGGAGACGCCUUGCUCCCCGUCUUCUCCUUCAGACUGUCUCAUGGAGUUCCCUGCCCGCAACUUCACCCUCCCCUGCCUCAAGGGCCGCUGUGAGGGUAUCAACGAAAAGAGGAACCUCUACAACGCUUACAGAUUUUUCUUCACCUACUUGUUACCUCACAGUGCGCCAUCAGCACUGAGACCCCUCCUGGAUAAAGUUGUCAACUCUACAGGGGAGCUGAUGUGGGGCACAGACGAAACCCUGGUUCACCUCGAAAAAGUGCUAGAUAUCUACAGGAACGGACAUUACCUCAAGAAUAACACACAGACGCACAAAUCAGAGUAUAAACACGUGUCGGAUGCCUCGAUAGCAGCGGACAACUACCGCUGCUGGCCGUCCUAUCAGCAUGACGGAUGCCUGCUGUCAGUCUUCAGCGUCGAUGAAGCUAUCGACGUGUGUGAGAGCCAUGCCCAGUGCCGGGCCUUCGUCAUGACCAAUCAGAGCACAUGGACAGGUCAUCAGCUCGCGCUCUUCAAAACCGGAGCAGCCAGCAUGACCGCGGCUCCAGGUAAACUCACGUACAUACGACUGGGGGCAGCUGAGAGCUGAGAUGAGAGAGACAUCUCUCAGUCUUCAUCGGUAUCUCCAGAUCUUCUCCCUCUGAAGACGCCCGUGCGCUGUCGUUCCUGAAGGCAUGCUGCUCAGGAUUCUGGGGGACGGUCAGAAGACUCGCUCGGGCAGAGGUCAGCUGUCAGCUAUGUGCAAUACUGCCUCUCUGAACCUGGGACUGGACUGUGAAUGUGUUUGUGUACCUGGCAGAGACGCAGAGAGGCUGUCUGUGCUUGUCACGGCAACGUGUGUGAGUGUGUGUGUGUGUGUGUUUAAUGAGAUCUCAUGUCAAUAUCGCUUUCAUUCUUUCUUUCUCUCAAUCUGUCAGUGAUUGUCUGUUUCUGCCCAAACAGGAUCCUCCUUUAUUUGCUUUGAUAUUCAGCACUUUUUCAGCACGUGAAACAGGGUCUUUUGUCAAGCUUUUAAAAGCAUUCGCUUUGAUUUUCGAGAUCUUUUUAAAUAUUUGCUCGCGUAAAACAAAUUAGUCUGACAAUUGGUUCCAGACGCUCAUUUAGACUGGUCUAAACAAGUAAUUUAUUGGUUUAAUGAAUGAAAAUGCCUCUUCUAAAUUAUGAAAUCAUUUUUAAAAGUUUGCUGAAACACACAAACCGAUCAGCAGUAAAUCAAUUCAAUUUUUUUCCAUGUCAUUUGAUUUCUUGUUGUUAUUUUCAUUAUGUAUUGACAGAUGUGAGAGGUUAGUUGUGGUAUGUCAUUGUUAGAUGGUGGUCAGUUAGCCAAUCCUCUUGUGGUGUGAUAAAGUUUCCCAAGGAAAUGUCAUGUCAAUCUAUUACUUGACAGGUGAAGGAGUUCAAGAGAUUUCUGCUUUCAGCGAAAGCACUGAGAUGUACAUGUUUUCUAACGAGUCUUACGGUCGUGUUGUAUAUGAGAGUAAUAUUUUUAUAUUGAAAUAUAAAGACAUGAGACUUUAAAAAA